CCCUGCCCUAGUCCUCUAGUCCCCAGGCCCCCAGUACCUCGCACUCCUCCGGGCACACCAUGUUGUUCUUCACCCUCCUGCUAGAGGUGAUUUGGACCCUGACUGCCAACGGGGGUCAACACUGGACGUAUGAGGGUCCACGUGGUCAAGAACACUGGCCUGCCUCUUACCCUGAAUGUGGAAGCAAUGCCCAGUCCCCCAUCAAUAUCCAGACAGACAGUGUGACUUUUGACCCUGACUUGCUACCUCUGCAGCCCCACGGAUAUGAACAGCCUGGCACUGAGCCUUUGAACCUGCACAAUAAUGGCCACACAGUACAACUCUCUCUGCCCUCUACCCUUUAUCUGGAAGGACUUCCCCGAAAAUAUGUAGCUGCCCAGCUCCACCUGCACUGGGGUCAGAAAGGAACCCCCUGGGGGUCAGAGCACCUGGUCAAUGGCAAAGCCACAGCUGCAGAGCUCCACAUCGUACAUUAUGAUUCUGAGUCCUACGAAAGCCUGAGUGAGGCUGCUCAGAGGCCUCAGGGCCUGGCUGUCUUGGGCAUCCUCAUUGAGGUGGGUGAGACUAAGAAUCCAGCUUAUGAACACAUUCUGAGUCACUUGCAUGAAAUCAAGCACAAAGAUCAGAAGACCUCUGUGCCUCCCUUCAAUGUGAGAGGGCUGCUCCCGCCGCUGCUGGCGCAGUACUUCCGUUACAACGGUUCGCUCACCACUCCGCCCUGCUACCAGAGUGUGCUCUGGACGGUCUUCCAUCGAAGGGCCCAGAUUUCCAUGGAACAGCUGGAAAAGCUUCGGGAGACACUGUUCUCCACGGAGGAGGAGCCCUCUGAGCCCCUGGUACAGAACUACCGAGCCCCCCAGCCUCUCAAUCAGCGGAUGGUCUUUGCUUCUUUCAUCCAAGUGGGACCCUCGUAUACCACAGGUGAAAUGCUGAGUUUGGGAGUAGGAAUCCUGGUUGGCUGUCUCUGCCUUCUGCUGGCUGUUUAUUUCAUCGCUAGAAAGAUCCGGAGGAAGAGACUAAGAAACCGGAAAAGUGUGGUCUUCACCUCAGCACGAGCCACCGAGGCAUAGACUCCUUCCUGGACACUUCAGAUGCCUUCCACUUGCUCGGCUGUCAGGGUGCUUGUCAAGUGAGGCGCCGGGACUGGCCAGGAAAUACUGUAGGAGUAGGCCAACACCCCUCUUUCCUCCAGACAGUCCCUACACAGAAGUAUGGACAGGCUCUCAUUCAAGGAUGACCAACAGAACCUUCAGCCUCUUAGAACAUAGAGAUCAGGACAGCCCUAUGGUGACAAUGCAGAGGGUCAACUGUGUAUAGUUGUAGGGGGAUGUC